AUGGCACGUAGCAAGGAGGAAGCAAAACUACGCAAAAAGGAAUAUGACAAAAAGAGAAGAGAAGAAAUGAAAAAUAAUCCCGAAAAAUUAGCAGAAAUGAGGGAAAAAGAAAAACUAAAAUAUAGGAAAAAACGUGAACAAGGAAAACUUGCAGCAAAAUUGGUAGAUAAUAUGACCAGUAGAGAACAUAGACAAAUUAAAAAGGAAUGGCGAAAGAGAGCUCAAAAUUACAGAAAAAACAAAAGGGAUCAGAAAAAUCUCAAUCAAAUCCUGAUAGAUAAUUCUCCUCCACAUUCACCAAUCCCCAUCCAAAAUGCAGUAGUCACGCCCUCUAACUCAAAUGCUCCCACUCCAAGAAAUUCAACCUAUAGAAAAAAUGUGGGACGUAAGAGAGUGAUAAAAUCGCGGUCCAAAAUGUACAGAACAAUACUUGAUUUAAAACAAAAACUUGCGGAAUCCAAAAAAUCAUCUGAGAAGUACAGAAAAAGAUAUCAACGAAUGAAAGAGAAGACAUUAAAAAAAAGCAGAAUUUUAAGUCCAAACUCAAAGGUUAAUGAGCUAUUAGGAAACCAAAAAGUUACUGAACCUGUAAGAAGAAAAUUAUUGUUUGGUGAAGUUCUUCAACGACAGCUGCAAGAAAACUAUCGUGAAGCUGGCAGUCAUUCAAAUAAAAAAAUCUACAACAAAACUAUGAAGUAUAACUUGUUGAAAAAGUACCGGUUAAUAAACAUCGCAAAAAAAACUAAGAUCUUGAAUCCCCAGUCAUUAAAAAAUUGCAACAUAAAAAUUCGUCCCAGAGGUAAUUACCUUUCUCUUCAUGUUAAAAAAGAAAUAAAAGAAUUUUUUGAGAGAGAUGAUGUAUCGCGGAUGACAGCAGGUAAAAAAGAAUACAUAACUUUUAAAAAAGAGCAAAAGCAAAAACGUUACCUGUUAGAAACUAUAAAAACACUGCAUAAUAAAUUUCUUGGUUCAGUGCCUUACCAUGUGAGUUACCAGUCUUUUUGCCGCCUAAAACCGUUUUGGGUUUUAAAGCCAAAAGUAGAAGAUAGAGAGACAUGCAGAUGUAUAAAACAUUUAAAUUUUGAGUAUAUUGUAUCAGCUCUCUAUAAAGCAAAAGUUAUAGAAACUCGUUCUACUACUGACGUUGUCAAUCUUCUUUGCUGUUUGCCUCCAAAACCCGAAUGCCUUUUCAGAAACUGUAUUUACUGCUGCAAUAAAAAAUUAAAAGAAAAAGAGUUUUUAGAUAGAACAAUUAUUUACAAUAAGUGGACAACAGUUUCAAGUAAAUGUACCGUAAAAGGACAAGAGAAAUUAAUCCGAAAGACCACAAAAUCAAACAUUGCCAUCACGCUGGUUAAUUUGUUCCAUGAACUGCAAGUUACGUUAAUUCCUUUUCUGACACAUAUUGGUAACAUCCUUCAUCAGUACCAUGCAAUGUCGUCAUUAAAAACGUCUCUUAAGUCAAAUGAAAUAAUAAUCCAUGUUGAUUUUAGCGAAAAUUUUUCAUGUAAGUAUGGCGAGGAAGUACAAUCCCUACAUUUUGGCGGCUCGAGGGAGCAAAUAAGUUUACAUACUGGUGUCAUUUAUAUACAAAAUAAUCAAGAAAAAGUUACCCCACGUUCGUUUUGUACAAUUUCAACAUCUCUUAGACACGAUUAUGUUGCUAUAUGGGCACAUUUAAAAAUAGUUUUUGAUUGGAUCGACCAAAAUAAAAUAGAAGAUAUAACUGCAGUUCACUUUCUUAGCGACGGACCAGCAACACAAUACAGAAAUCGAUUUAUGUUUCGUGUUAUUUCAUCGUUUUCAAACCAUUUUUUACCAAACAUUGAAAUCCUAACCUGGAAUUACUCUGAAGCGGGUCAUGGGAAAGGGGCCGCCGAUGGCGUUGGAGGUACACUAAAGAGGACCGCUGACCAGGCAGUAGCGGAAGGAAAAGACAUUUCUAACAUUUCCCAACUAAUAGACAUUUUAAAGGAACGUUGUCCGGGAAUAUAUAUCCAAGAAUUGUCUGCUAACGCUUUACAACAGGUAGAGCUAUUAUUUUCUGGCAUUUCAGCGUCCACAUUCUCGGGUACCACCAAUGUGCAUCAAGUUAUAUGCAGAAAAGAAGAUGACUGCAUAUUUUUUAAUAAACUUAGUUGUUUCGAUUGUUAUUUAAAAUCAAUGCCAUGUAUUCAUUUUCAUUUGGGAAGGGGUUAUCCAAAAUCUCAUUUAAGACUUAACAAUAAUAAAGCUUUAAAAUUGAAACCAUCCGGUACCAAAAAAACAAAAAAUUUAAAAAAAUAGCAGCCUCAGUAAUUACCCCUAUUUAUAAUAAAUGGAUUGAUCUUCCAGUGUAUGAUAUUAGUUCUGGA